GCGACAGAGAGGAGAAGGGCGGUUCAGUCUUAGCCACGGUUGGGAUGGUAGUGGAGGUGCCAAAGCGGAAGAGAGGAGUUUUAGUUUGAAGAUGCAGGUGUCUGCAUGGCUGCUUUGGGUGGCAUGGUUGUGUACCUGGACCGAGGCGUCGCGCCAGUGUCAGUGCCAGUGCGAGUGCUCACCUGAUGAGCAGAUGGCACAUAGGACGCAAGUGGAACAGAUGUCAGAAAGGUCAGAGGGGAGAGGGCACCUUCGCCAUCGCCUGGCACAUCACCGGGCAUCACAUAGGGACAGGGCCCAUCGCAGGAAAGGUUCCAGGCUCAUUGAUAACAGUCUCCCCCGUAUCGUCCACCAUCCAACCGAUGUGGUGGUCAGGGCGGGUAACCCGGCCACGCUGUCCUGCAGGGCUGAGGGCAACCCUGAGCCCACCAUCCAGUGGCUUCGGAACGGGCAGCCACUUGACACAGAUAGGAUGGAUGUAGAAUCAAGGCCUAUCGUUUUACCAGAAGGAAGUUUGUUUUUCUUCAGCGUCUCCAUCUCUGGCCGGAAGAGUCAAUCUCAUGAAGCCAUGUACGCCUGCGUCGCCCAGAACAGCGCUGGAGUGGCGACAAGCAGGAACGCUUCUCUUCAUAUAGCAGCUCUUCGGGAGGAGUUCCGUGUCCAGCCAAGUGAUAUAGAGGUUGCGGUUGGUGAGUUAGCUGUGAUGAACUGCAGUCCACCUGUAGGACAUCCUGAACCCAACAUCACCUGGAGAAAAGAUGGAAUUCUCAUCAACAGCAGCAAUGAACAUUACACAGAACUCAAUGGUAAACUGAUCAUUGCUCCAGCUCUGAAGAAUGACUCUGGAGUUUAUAGCUGUAUAGCCACAAACACAGUUGGUGUGAGAGAGAGCAGGGCAGCACGGCUGUCUGUAUUAGCCAAGCCGGUGUUAUUGCGUAAACCAGAGGAUGUCUUGGUGCAGCUCGGGGAGUCUGCACAGUUUUUCUGUAAAGCAGACGGAGACCCCAUGCCUUCCGUUGAAUGGAGUCGAGAGCAAGGACCUUUACCUAAUGGCAGAUAUUUAAUCAACCCAGACCACAGUCUGCAAAUCCAUUACGUGACAGCACAGGACAUGGGCAGAUACACCUGCACUGCGGAAAAUAAGAUCGGAGUGUCUGUGGCCGGCGCACAACUGCUCGUAGAGGAUGUGGGCAGCACUAGACUGAGAGAUCUACACAAGGAGCUGUCUGCCUUACGUGUCAGUCUGGAAAACGUCACAGUUCUCAGUACAGCCUCAAAUAUUUCUCAAGUCAUGUGGAGGUUGCAGACCUCUGUCUCGCAGCCUCACUACCUUGAAGGCUUUGAGGUUCUGUAUCGAUCUCUCCUGCCGGCUAGUUCAGACUGGACGGCUCAAAGUGUUCCUCAACCUGCCCUUCACACCCACGUGGGACCACUGAAGAGAGGCUACAAGUACGAGUUUAAAGUCAGACCCUACGGAAGCGGUCUGUACGGCAGGGAGAGCAACACCAGACAUUUGCGAGUGCCAGAAAUAGUUCCCAGUGCACCACCUCAGGAUAUCUCCAUAACAAUGCCUACUGACCGUAAUGACACCGUCCAUCUGAGCUGGCAGCCUCCACCUCAUGAUGCUCACAAUGGGAUCAUUCAUGGAUAUCAGGUUUGGUGUGUGGAGUCUGAGGAGCUGAAGUCAAUGAACUGGACAGUGGACAGUGGCACACACAGUAUUGAGAUUAACUCACUGCAGUCUGACAGACUGUACUGGGUUACAGUGGCUGCUGUUAAUGGGGCGGGAGUGGGACGUCAGAGUGACCCAUAUAAACUGCUGAUAGAGUGGAGGCAGGAGUCGACACCUUAUGAAAGAGGCAUACUCAGUAUGUCUCAUGUCCUUUCUGUAAUUAAAGAGCCUGUAUUUAUCGGCAGCGUCGGCACUCUCCUGUGGUGUGUUUUGAUGAUUACAGCCGUGUUUUUGUACCGAAGACACGUCAGAUCUGCAACACAGGGAGGCAAAGGUUCAGGCUUGUAUAGACUUGAAAGUGAAGAUCUCAUCAUAAAACACAGAAUGGCUGCGCCAGACUCUCCGUGGAUCUCUGGAGGCUGGAGGCCGGAGUCCAGCAGCGAGCCUAAGCAAGGAUUUUGGACCCCAAGCCAGGACAACUCUGGCUUCCGGAGAACAACUCUGCCCAUAACAGCUAAUAAGGACUCCAACCCCAUGCGGUCAGCCCUCCCCAUUGUGCCAGACAAUUGCGGUGUCUAUGGGACCUUUUAUGUGGAUCUAUGUGGAAACGGACUGAAGACGUUUAAUAGUCCCGGCCGCCGUCCCAGAAUGCACCACGGCAACUCUCAGCUCCAUAAUUCUGAGGCUGUCCGCAUCACCGAACCCAUGGUAAAGACCGCCUUGGUACGGGAAGUGCAGGCGAUGCCAUGGAAACGUGCCCUCCCUACCCAGCCCAAUAUGGGGGUGCUGAAGGAAUCUUGGGAGAAAAAUUAUAAACGAGAUCUACAUGCGGUUAAAAGCGCCCCUUUAAUGCCUGUGCAUCAGCAAGCUUUGACUGUGUGCACCGCUCCGAGCAACCAUCAGCAGACAUUCAGACAGAAUCCAGCAGGUGGUGUCUCAGAGCCUGUGAAACCCUUGAGUUCUCCACGGAUCCUGCAUUACUCCCCUUCACUGCAACUGGUGGACAUGUUGCCCACUCCUCCACCUCUUCCUAAAGAGGACAACCACAGCAUCAGCUCAGACGACGAGUCUACCAGGUCCACCAAGCUAACAGUAGACAUUGGCUCUCAGCAGUCUGUAUGUGCUGCUUCUGGGCUCCAAGGACCUUCAGCAGCCACCACAGGCUGUCCAUCUCACCACAGCACGUCCUCUGGAUGCCCAGCCCAGCUGAGCCCCUCUUAUAGCCACAUCUCCACAGCGUCCUUCUGCCUGUCCGCCGAUGACUACGAAGACACCACACUCAGCACUCAGGGCCUCAAGCAAUACAUGGAGAUCAAUCCUAAACCACAAGGACAAACAAAUUCCUAUCAGAGCUCACCGUCAAUGUCCCGGCUCUUUUCUCCCACGCCCACUUUGGGGUACAUCUGCGGGCCUGCCGAUCGAGAUAUUGGAGACAUGGAUGAGGAACAGGAGUCUCAGGGGCUCAGGAAAGCCAUGCUGAGGAGCACGCCCUCCUCUUGUUGCAGCGAAUGGGAGGGCUCGCUGUGGAACGGAUGGGGCUCGGUGUCCGAGAGCAACAUGACGAGCGCUCGAACCAGCAUCAUCAGCUCCUCCGACUGCUCAUUCAUAAAUGAUGCAAACUUCGCCCGUGUGCUGGCAAUGACAGCGGAGUCAAUGAGUGGUACAUUAUCGGCUGAUUUCUCCCCGCCCGAAUCACCUCUGAGCGUUCUGUUCCCCCCUCGAGAGUGUUUCGGAGAGGUGGAGCCUCUGCCCAUGUGGGACUGGAGCACCGCAUGGGUGGAGGAGUUGGAGGCCCAGCUCAAGACCUCCAGAGAUGCCAGGAGAACCACAGCAUCUAGUCGGCACUCAGGCGUUGAGCAAUACAGAGGACAACAGGACAACAGCCACAAGACUCAUUCACAACGAUGAUCAGCUCUAUCAUGCUUAAAGUCUCAGACUGAAGGUCUUUUGGACCACAUUUCUGUUCUCUUGCGGUUUUGAAACAGCUGGGUUUGUAGCGCGGUUGUUUAAGGCAAGAAUACAUUUAAGUGCAAGAUACGGAUUUCAUUUUCCACGUGGACAAUUGUACAGGAGAUUCAUGUUGGCAUUCAAAGAAAUGUAAAUAACCAGUUUUAUUUAAUAAACCAUAUCAUAUACGCUUUUAUAUGAAGAGUCUAAAAUACACAGGAAAUAUUAUACAAGACGUUUUGUAUUUUAGGUACUUUUUAUAUUUUAUAAGUGAGUAUUUUUUAUGGCCAAUUACUUUUUUAUUGUUUAAUUUUUGGUCCUAGUUUUUAAUAUAGUUUCCCUUUAUAUUAGCUUGCUUUAAAACCCUAGUAGUUGUUUUUUCCAAGAAAUAAAUCAUUUUCAUUA